AUGGAACAGCCCUUUUCUACCUCAAAGGUAACUGUCGAGUAUUUCGACCCUCAUGGAGUAUACAAGCUUCUCGCGCCGGGCUUGAUACCCAGGCUGCCCUUGCGCAAUCUGCACUGGCAGUCCCAUGCCGGACCCCUUCGAUCUAUAGACACCUUACACAUCGAGCUCUCCCCCGAGGGAUCUGUCGACCCCAAGCCCAUAUUCUCUCCCGACCCUUUCUUCCCAAACUCCCAACGAACCGAUAGUCCCGCGCCUGCACACCCUGGCGGCAACAAUGGCUUUCAAACACAGAUCGGCGCCACCUCCGCAGAGCCCGCGAAUGCCCAGCAGCCCGCCGACCACCGCAGCAGCACCCCGGCGCGGAGGCACCAGAUCCCUGGCUUGAGGACGACGCCGUAUCUGAAAGUCCUGCUGGUUCGCUGUGAUGAUAGUGACUCAUACAAGUCGACUGUGCGACAAGAGAUACGGGACUGGAUCAAGGCACAGGCUCCGUCGACCAGCACCAAGAAGAGCACGGCCGAGAACCAUGAUGCCUUCGAGUGGCUGAUUCUCCAUGUCGUCGUGCCAAAUACCGCCGCCGCCGCCCAGUCGAGGGUCACCGGAAAGUCCGAGGCCGCCGCUCCAACAUCCACGUCAAGAUGGCGGCCCGGCUCAACCACCCUGCUGGAGAAGCUGCGAGCAGACUUCAAUUCGAGCAGCAAGGGGGCCACCGACCGCAUCGCGCAGAUACGAAUUGGCGUUAAUGACGUGCCAUAUGACAUUCUGCCGCGCAUCACGAACAUUGUCCCCAGCAGCUACAAGGAGACGGCCGACGAAAUCGAGGCCGUGUGGGACGACCUCAUCUCCAAAAUGCGCAGUCUCAUCUUGAGCAGUUUCGACAUGAGGGUCAGCCAGUACGAAGACGACAUCAAGGAGAAGGACAACCAGCGCAGCUUACCCGGGUGGAACUUCUGUACUUUCUUCAUACUCAAAGAAGGCCUCGCCAGAGGCUUCGAAAGCGUAGGCCUAGUCGAGGACGCCCUUGUUGGUUAUGACGAAUUGAGCGUGGGUUUAGACAUGGUCAUCAAGGAGCAAACUGUCGGCGAAUCCGGGGCAUCUACCAAUGCGCUCUUGGCCUUUACCGAGGAACUGAAAGAGGCUGCAGAAAAGGCCAUCACAGAGGCGAGCGGCGAAGACGCCGAGGAUGAGGUUGUCAACAUGCAGGCUUCAUCCGGAUCCGCCCCACGAGCAGCCAAGGUCGCAUUUGACGAGAUACCGAUCAGUGCAACAAAGAAGCCGUACCGAGACUUGAUUUUGGAAAACAAGGUUUCCGUAUUCGACUUCAGAUGUUACAUAUUUGCGAGGCAAAUCGCCCUUCUGCAGCGCCUUGGCAAUGUAUGGUCUACUCGGGAAGAGCUACUGGCCAAGUUGAAGGAGCAGCAAGAGUCAAUAAUACAUGGUGUGGCACCCAGAGCGCCGCCACCAAAGCACACGGAAAACGAGCAAGAGGACCUCUCCAUGUUGGCAGAGAUCUGUAGGCGCACACUCGAAUUCAUCCCUUCCGUUUCGCAAGUCAUGCGGAAUGACGUGCAGCUAGCCCUGGCCCAAAGGAGUGGCCUGACCGAUGCGAGACCUGCAUCACUUACUCCAGCGCUUGUUGAGAUCGUUGACAAUCUGGUCGCCUCGUUCGCCUUCUCUAUAGCGCAGCAAGUCCUCGCACAAACUUCCACCAAAGCGCUCCCGAUUCCACCUACAGCGUUAGCUCCAUCCGAUGGCCAUGAACAAAAAGCGAACAUCCCCGAACCCAAGACCAUGAUGCAUCCCGCUAGGAACUCGUCGCUGCGUGUCAGCACGGGCCCCACUAAUAUCCGCCCACCGGCAAGCCCGAAUGUCUUCCCGGGACCAGGACAAAAUUCCGCCCUCUCUGAACAUCAGGCUGCGAAAAACAACGUUUUCCUCAAGGUCGGCUUGGAGGAGCUGGCCGCUAGGAGAGCUGAGCUUUACACACUAUCUCGAAACAUCCUUGAGGAGGCUGGUAAGAAGAGGGAAUGGAGCGAUGGGUGGGCUGGUGUUCCUGUUAUAGGUGAGACAUCCAUGAUUGAUUUGGUCGAAAUCAGUCUCGAUGAUGACCCUGCUCCUGCAAACGAAGAACCUGGGGAGCAUCAGAAAGCUGUCAUCUCAGUCUCUGGCCUCGAGAAUAAACUUCUCAGAGCUUCCUUGAGCAGUAGCGAAGACUUCUAUCGGCUGUACGAGACGUUAACGGAUAAAGCCUUACGCCACUAUACCGUAGCAAAUCACACAUACUCCGUGCAAGGUUGUAUGGCAGAUCUCGCAGUACUCAAGUAUCACUUAAAAGACUAUGGUACUGCGUCGUCAUUCUUCUGGAGGACAACACCCUUCUUUGGCGAGAGUGGGUGGAGUCUACUGGAACUAUCCAUGCUUGUCAUGUAUUCAAGAUGUCUAAAACAGCUUUCCAGAAAGGACGAUUUCGUCAAGGUAAUGCUGAAGUUACUGUCAAAGGCUUCGGCUGCGGAACGAGAUCGGCAGAAGCAGCAGCGGUCCUUUCGCAUUGGCAAGCAAGAAUCUGCCAAAUAUCCCGACAAUGAUGCUAUCAAGGGGUUCUUGGACGACCUACUAUCCGAAACGAGGACAAACUCCAAUGAAGUCAGAGUGCCGCUGUCCAACUUUUUCUCGACUGUCGAGGUUGACGAAACGGUUGACUAUCACGACGGUAGAGACAGUUUCUCGGCUACCCUGAAACUGAGUAGUCUUCUUGUCGAUGAUUUGAGAGUCGAGAAGGCCAAGGCACGUAUGGUGGGACAGAUUGCUGGCGCGCAGAGAGAGGUCUGGCUUGAGCUCCCCGAGCCAGUAACUAUCAAGUCUGGAUGGAAUAAGCUCAAGCUUGAUAGUAGUGUGACGAUACCUGGCAACUACGAGUUCGACAGGAUUGAGCUCAUUGCCAGCAACAUAUGUCUUCACCUUGAGCGGAACAUCAACCAGCCUGCCAUCAAAUCAAGUGAAUGUCUAAAAUCCUCUCGUCUCACCAUUUACCAUCGAGCGGAUGCCCUCGAUGUCCGGCUCUUGGCGUCAAAUCAUGUUCAGCUCGACAAGAACAACAGUGUAGAUGUUGAACUCAAUUCUGGUUGGAAUGAGCUUACCAAUGCUGAGAUUAAAGUCAAAGGCGCCACCGGUGGUCUGCGACUCCUCACAUCUGAGGCCAAGGUCAUCAACUCAUCCGCAGAGAGCCCCGACUUUUCGAAAGCGCCCGAAGCAGGCCUGUUCAGCUUUGAUUGGAUUAAACCCAGAACGAAGAUCAAGAUCCGCUUCCCUUACACUGUCGAGAAUGAGGUUUCAACUAUUUCCGUAAGAAUCGAAGUCGCCUACAAGACGAGUCAGGGAUCGUUCCAGUUCUCCACAACCCCUAGUAUUCCUGUCUCAUUGGCCCUCGGUGUCAACGUACAAGAUGUGUUCAAGCACAAGGCAUUGCUAUCCCGUUUUACCGUCUCCACAGCUAAUCAGAGUCCGCUGCGUCUUUUAAGAAGCGAGUUGAUCAGUUCUGACAUUUUUGAGUCGAAAUAUGGCCUGGCUCCCAGCGAUCCUACAGUUAUCUUUCCUCGGCAGCCUGCAACCUUGCUCUACAAAAUUUUACGCAAAAGGGGCGUCAAGGUCACCAAGAAGAUCAACAAGACCCUUUAUCUCAAACUAGACUAUACCAUUGUUCAAGAAGAUAUUGCUAUAACAGUACAAAAGUCGAUUGAGGGGGCGUUGAAAGGUACACCUCUGCAGACAUACUCCAGGCUGUUGGCCUCUACGAUUCUGCCUCAUGUCGAGCAUGACCUUCGUGCAUUCGACCUAGAGAGAACCGCCUUGCUCGGAGCUGUCUCCACAGACUUUCUUUCUGCAAUCGACUGGAAUUCCCAGCUGAUGGGGUUAGGCAAAGGUCCAGAUGGGCAAGACCUAUCUGCCACUUUGCGCACAUUCCUCCGAGCGUGGUUGGCUGAGCACAAGACGUUGGUCUUGCAACAAAUGUCCACUUCAGACGAUGAAGUCAAAUCAAUCCUUAUUCCGGUUGAGAUUCCCAGUAUCGACGUUGUGCAUACUGCGGACAUUCGUCUUCAGCCGCCCCCAUAUCUAGCGCCUCCAACUUCAUCCGAGCAUGCAGACACCCCACUGCCGUUGACCACCAAUCAACUUGUCCCAGCAACUCUACGUCUCAAGUGGACUCGCAUAUGGGACACCGUAACCCCCCUCAAGGAUAUGUCUGACAUGGAGUUCUCCUACGACGUUACCUCUCCAGGUGACGCAUGGCUGAUUGGUGGGCGGAGGAAGGGACAUUUUGUGAUUCUAGCUCCCUCACAAUCAGAGAAGGACCUUAGCAGCUCCCCGGAAACAGAAGCCGACAUCCCACUUCUUCUUAUCCCGCAACGGGAAGGAUACCUGGCCUUUCCGAAUGUAGAUAUUCGAGAAGUAAGGCCAAACGGACCUGGUGACUCAACGACAUCGGGUAGUGAAGGGGUGACGCCUGUGGAAGGGGAAAGCGGUCACUGUGAGACAGAUCUCAGGAACUUGGGCGAGACGGUCAGGGUUGUUGCCGAUCGAGAACAAGUUACCUUGAGUCUAGAUGCGAGUGGACCGGGCGGUGGUCCACUCGUCUUGGCCAUUCAGACAAAAGGUGAGAGUGGACGGAUCGUUGCUUGAUAGCCGGUGGCAACCAUGAUGCCCGAAACAUGAAACCUGGCAGUCAACGAAUGUCAUGUGUGUGUGUGUGUGUGUGCCUGCUCUGGUUAAGGAUUCAGUCGAUAAACAAUAAUUAUUACAAUCAAAGUUGAAAACCAGCUACAAAAUGCGGGAUCAUCAUCUUUAAAUAUUCGUGGCCAUCAUAUAUCGCUUCGACUCCACUCCUUCUGCAGCGCCUCCCGCAUAUGUCUGGAGGCCCCUUGGUGAUGUCCAACCAGGAUGAGUACAGUUUGCACGGGAACGAGCACGCUAAUUAGGCUAUUCAGGGGGGUAGGUGACAACGAUGCCGCUCACCAAGGAACUACACAAUAUCUCCUAU